CCGCCCGCGCCCACAUUCCCCUCCUUCUCAGCCUCCGUAGUGCGUCUUCACAUAAAGCCAAGCGACGCGCCUAAGAGUGAUGACAUCAGAGGGCGCCGCUACUGCCGCCGCCGCCGCCGCCGCCGCCAUGAACAGCGUAGGGGAGGCUUGCACGGACAUGAAGCGCGAGUACGACCAGUGCUUCAAUCGUUGGUUUGCCGAGAAGUUCCUCAAGGGGGACGGCUCCGGGGACCCGUGCACCGACCUCUUCAAGCGCUACCAGCAGUGUGUUCAGAAAGCAAUAAAGGAGAAAGAGAUUCCCAUUGAAGGACUGGAGUUCAUGGGACGUGGCAAAGAAAAGCCUGAAAGCUCUUCUUGAUCUUGACAGUCACCUUGAAAAUGGACUCCUCAUAUCAGGAAAUUGAGGAGUUCUGGAUUUUGUCAAUUAAGGCUGUGAAGAUAGCCAUCAAUUUGAUGAGUUUAGGAGGGAGGAGUUUUCUUUCCUCUUCGAUGUUUUCCUCUCACUUGUAAAAGAUGAACCAUCUCUGCUUUGAGAUGAUUUCUCACUUGCUCUGGCAUCUUGCAGGAACUCAAUGUGCUAAAAUUGAAUGAUUUCUUGGGAUUAUGGUUGCAAUAUUUGAUCUGGCUUUAAAUAUACCUUGUAUGUAAAUACUGAUAAACUUGUCAGGAUGGUCAGGGUUGCCUGACCUCUUGAGUUAUGCUGCAUAGGAGAUUAGGCAAACUGUACUGGGGUAAUUGUUCAUAGAAGCAAUUGGCUAGGACCUCUGUUUUCUCUCAGGGAGCUAAUGCUCUGAAAAGGGAUCCCAGCACAACAGUUUCAAUCAAUGCUUGAGAACAGUUUUAUUUUUAUAUAGUAACUUAACUGUUAAGAUUGCUGAUGGACUGAGUUAGCCAAGAGGAGGACAGAUUUUAACAGUGUUAUCUCUCAGAUUCAGACCUGAAAGCUUCAAGAAUGUUGCAGUGAGCACCAUUUCAGAGCUCAUAGUGUAGAAUCAGGAAUUAAGAUCCUUGGAUUAACUAUGGAGGAAGAUCCUAAAUUAUAAAGAUUUGCUGUUGCCAGCUUUCAACCUAAGUCAAUGAAUUAAAUCAAUCUAUAUAUCAUAAAAUGCCAAAAUGCUGCAUCUGGUUAAAUAGGAGAAGAGUGAUUUGCCUUGUGUGCCCACCCUGCCCUGUAAUGUCUGUAAUCAUGAAGAUGGAAUAAACAGUAACAUUUAGCUCCUC